ACCCUGCGGGCGGGAAUGGGGGAACGCCCCGCUUGCUUUCUGCCUCUGUCUUCGGUCGUGCGGCCCGCAGCCCCCAAGGUGGCCGGCUGUGGGGACCACACUGGCCUGCCCCUGCUGGUGGUAGUGGCGAGGGGGCCGGCCCUCCCUGGCACUUCACCCGCCUCUCGUGGCAUCGCGGUUUUGGGGGACCCCUUCGCCGGCAUCCCGCACCCGAUCCUUGCCCCCCUGAGUCAAAAUUCCUACCCCGGCUCUGACUACACAAAGCCCAGCGGCCGCAAAGCUCCGCCCCUGCAGCCCCCUCCGGUGCCCCUGCCCCCGCUUGCGCCCCUCUGCUCGCGUCUGGCCCGGGCGCCUUCUCUCUCCGCUGGCAGCCGCACCCCGGACCCCUCGGCCCGGGGCGAUGCCGGAGUGGGGGUUACUGGGAGUGGGAACCCGAGUCCGGCGUGCGGCGCCCUCACCCCCGUGUUCUGCGUGGGCUGCAUCCCUCUCCUUUGUUCACCCGGCUCUUUGAGCGCCACUUUCUCCGGAUUCAAAUUGAUGGGCUCCACUUCCUCCGUAACAAUUAGGGAUUUCGAGUUUGAGGCUGGCAGUUGGCGCGGCGAACGAGAGAGGAAAAUGAAGAGCUGUGUUCCUGCUUGUGUUGUAGGUGACAUUGGAAAUUAUUAUUAUGGACAGGGUCAUCCCAUGAAACCUCACAGAAUCCGCAUGACCCAUAACUUGCUGUUAAAUUAUGGCUUAUACAGAAAAAUGGAAAUAUAUAGGCCCCAUAAAGCCACUGCUGAAGAAAUGACAAAAUACCAUAGUGAUGAGUAUAUCAAGUUUCUACGGUCAAUAAGACCAGAUAACAUGUCUGAGUAUAGUAAGCAGAUGCAGAGAUUUAAUGUUGGAGAAGAUUGUCCGGUGUUUGAUGGACUGUUUGAGUUUUGUCAGCUCUCAACUGGUGGCUCAGUUGCUGGAGCUGUGAAGUUAAACCGGCAGCAAACUGAUAUGGCUGUUAACUGGGCUGGAGGAUUACAUCAUGCUAAAAAAUCAGAAGCAUCAGGAUUCUGUUAUGUUAAUGAUAUUGUGCUUGCUAUCCUUGAAUUGCUAAAGUAUCAUCAGAGAGUCUUAUAUAUUGAUAUAGAUAUUCAUCAUGGGGAUGGUGUUGAAGAAGCUUUUUAUACCACAGAUCGUGUAAUGACUGUAUCAUUCCAUAAAUAUGGGGAAUAUUUUCCUGGCACCGGAGACUUGAGGGAUAUUGGUGCUGGAAAAGGCAAAUACUAUGCUGUCAAUUUUCCAAUGAGAGAUGGUAUAGAUGAUGAGUCUUAUGGGCAGAUAUUUAAGCCUAUUAUCUCAAAAGUGAUGGAGAUGUAUCAGCCUAGUGCUGUGGUGCUGCAGUGUGGUGCAGACUCAUUAUCUGGUGAUAGACUUGGUUGCUUCAAUCUAACAGUCAAAGGUCAUGCUAAAUGUGUGGAAGUUGUAAAAACUUUUAAUUUGCCGUUACUGAUGCUUGGGGGAGGUGGUUACACAAUCCGUAAUGUCGCUCGAUGCUGGACAUAUGAGACUGCAGUUGCUCUGGACUGUGAGAUACCCAAUGAGUUGCCAUAUAAUGAUUACUUUGAGUAUUUUGGACCAGACUUCAAACUGCAUAUUAGCCCUUCAAACAUGACAAACCAGAACACUCCAGAGUACAUGGAAAAGAUAAAACAGCGUUUAUUUGAAAAUUUGCGUAUGUUACCUCAUGCACCUGGUGUCCAGAUGCAAGCUAUUCCUGAAGAUGCUGUCCAUGAAGAUAGUGGAGAUGAAGAUGGAGAGGAUCCAGACAAGAGAAUUUCUAUUCGAGCAUCAGACAAGCGGAUAGCUUGUGAUGAAGAAUUCUCAGAUUCUGAAGAUGAAGGAGAAGGAGGUCGUAGGAAUGUAUCUGAUCAUAAAAAAGGAGCAAAGAAAGCAAGAAUUGAAGAAGACAAGAAAGAAACAGAGGACAAAAAAGCAGAUGUUAAGGAAGAAGAUAAAUCCAAGGAUAGCAGUGGUGAAAAAACAGAUACCAAAGGAGCCAAAUCAGAACAGCUCAGCAACCCUUGAAUUUGAAAGUCAUCAAUUUCAAGAAACCAUUUAAAAAGAAAAAAUACUGGGGAAGAAAAAUGUUUUCUUUUUGAGGACUUCUGGCUUCAUUUUAUACUACUUUGGCAUGGACUGUAUUUAUUUUCAAAAUGGCUUUUUUUGUUUUUGUUUUUCUUGGCAAGUUUUAUUGUGAGUUUUUCUAAUUAUGAAGCAAAAUUUCUUUUCUCCACCAUGCUUUAUGUGAUAGUAUUUAAAAUUGAUGUGAGUUAUUAUGUCAAAAAGCUGAUCUAUUAAAGAAGUAAUUGGCCUUUCUGAGCUGAUUUUCCAUCUUUUGUAAUUACCUUUAUUAAAAAAUUGUACUUGGA